UCAGGUACAUAAGGGAGGCCGGGGUACGUGUUCUCUUCAAUCUGUCAUCGCAUCGGGCUCUUCAGAAAAACUUCCUGUCGUUGAUUCCAAUAGGGAGAAAGAUGACCAAGUUUUUAGUGAUCUGCCUUCUGAUUCAGAUUUUCUGGUACUGCCAUGGAGGGGCUAUAAAGCGACAAGCACGUUCUGUUCCAGCUCCAAUACAAGUUCGGCUGGUGGGCGGGACCAACAGCAGAGAGGGACGCGUCGAGGUUCGUCAGGGAAGCGGUAGCUGGGGCACUGUCUGUGAUGACAGCUGGGGUGCCGACGACGCUACCGUGGUCUGCAGAAUGCUGGGUUUUGGCACCGGCACAGUCACCGCAUUCAGUAGAGCUACGUUUGGCCAAGGUACUGGUUCCAUUUACAUGGACGACGUGGCUUGUACUGGCAGUGAAGGCUCUUUGGAAGAAUGUUCCUACAGAGGUUGGGAAUCGCACAACUGUGGACACUCGGAAGAUGCCGGUGUUCGGUGCAGCACUCCUGCUGAAGUAAGAUUGAUGGGUGGUACUCAUGACGGUGAGGGAAGAGUUGAGGUCCUCCAUAACGGCGAAUGGGGCACUGUCUGUGAUGACAGCUGGGGUGACAACGAUGCCCAGGUGGUCUGCAGAAUGCUUGGUUUCUCAUCUUCUGGCGCCACUGCCCAUGGUACUGCCCAUUUCGGGCGAGGUACUGGCUCCAUCCACAUGGACAACGUGAACUGCAAUGGGAACGAGGCCUCUAUUGAAGACUGCAGCCACAACGGUUGGGGAACUCACAACUGUGGACAUCAUGAAGAUGCCGGUGUCACAUGCACCUUUGAUGAACCAGCUGCUGAAGUAAGAUUGGUGGGUGGUACUAAUGACGGUGAGGGAAGAGUUGAGGUUCUCCAUAACGGCGAAUGGGGCACUGUCUGUGAUGACAGCUGGGAUGACAACGAUGCCGCUGUGGUCUGCAGAAUGCUUGGUUUCUCAUCUUCUGGCGCCACUGCUCAUGGUACUGCCCAUUUCGGCCGAGGUACUGGCUCCAUCCACAUGGACAACGUUAACUGCAAUGGAAAUGAGGCCUCUAUUGAAGAAUGCAGCCACAACGGUUGGGGAACUCACAACUGUGGACAUCAUGAAGAUGCCGGUGUCAGAUGCACCUCUGGUGAACCAGUUGAAGUAAGAUUGGUGGGUGGCGAUCAUGACGGUGAGGGAAGAGUUGAGGUCCACCAUAAUGGCCGAUGGGGCACUGUCUGUGAUGACAGCUGGGAUGACAACGAUGCCCGGGUAGUCUGCAGAAUGCUUGGUUACAGCCCCGACGACGCCGUUUCUUUUUCACGCGCUCAUUUCGGUCAAGGUACUGAUCCCAUCCUUAUGGAUAAUGUCGCCUGCUCUGGAAACGAGGCCUCUAUCGAAGCUUGCGGACAUAAUGGUUGGAGCUCACACAACUGUGCUCACUCUGAGGAUGCUGGUGUCAGUUGUGUAGCUGCUGAACCUACUCCUGCACUGCCUGUUGAAGUAAGAUUGGUGGGUGGUGAUCGUGACGAUGAAGGAAGAGUUGAGGUCCUCCAUAACGGCGAAUGGGGCACUGUUUGUGAUGACAGCUGGGAUGACAACGAUGCUGCUGUUGUCUGCAGAAUGCUGGGUUACGGCACCGCCGACGCCACUGCAUUGAGUAGGGCUGCGUUUGGCCGAGGUACUGGCUCCAUCCACAUGGACAACGUUAACUGCAAUGGAAAUGAGGCCUCUAUUGAUGACUGCAGCCACAACGGUUGGGGAACUCACAACUGUGGACAUCAUGAAGAUGCCGGUGUCAGAUGCACCUCUAAUACACCAACAACACCCUCGCCAGUUGAAGUAAGAUUGGUGGGUGGCGAUCAUGACGGUGAGGGAAGAGUUGAGGUCCACCAUAAUGGCCGAUGGGGCACUGUCUGUGAUGACAGCUGGGAUGACAACGAUGCCCGGGUAGUCUGCAGAAUGCUUGGUUACAGCCCCGACGACGCCGUUUCUUUUUCACGCGCUCAUUUCGGUCAAGGUACUGAUCCCAUCCUUAUGGAUAAUGUCGCCUGCUCUGGAAACGAGGCCUCUAUCGAAGCUUGCGGACAUAACGGUUGGAGUUCACACAACUGUGCUCACUCUGAGGAUGCUGGUGUCAGUUGUGUAGCUGCUGAACCUACUCCUUCACUGCCUGUUGAAGUAAGAUUGGUGGGUGGUGAACGAGACGGUGAGGGAAGAGUUGAGGUCUUCCAUAAUGGCCGAUGGGGCACUGUCUGUGAUGACAGCUGGGAUGACAACGAUGCCGCUGUUGUCUGCAGAAUGCUUGGUUACAACCCUGACGACGCCGUGUCCUUUUCCCGCGCUCAUUUCGGUCAAGGCACUGAUCCCAUUCUUAUGGAUAAUGUUGCCUGCUCUGGAAACGAGGCCUCUAUCGAAGCUUGCGGACAUAACGGUUGGAGCUCACACAACUGUGCUCACUCUGAGGAUGCUGGUGUCAGAUGCUUUGUUCCAGAACCCACUACAACAGCUCCAACAACUCCAGCUGGACCAGUUGAAGUAAGAUUGGUGGAUGGUGAACGUGACGGUGAGGGAAGAGUUGAGGUCCUCCAUAACGGCGAAUGGGGCACUGUCUGUGAUGACAGCUGGGAUGUCAACGAUGCCCAGGUGGUCUGCCGAAUGCUUGGUUACGAUCCCGCUAAUGCAGUUGCAUUUAGUAAUGCUGAACAUGGUCAAGGAAGUGGUGGAAUCCAUAUGGAUAACGUUAACUGCGAUGGAAGUGAAGCCUCUAUCGAAGACUGUGGUCACAACGGUUGGAGAUCACACAACUGUGGACAUCACGAAGAUGCCAGUGUCAGAUGCUACUUUGUUGAACCAACAACACCAGCACCAAUCGCUGUCCGAUUGGUCGAAGGUGCCAUUGAGGGUGAAGGUCGAGUUGAAGUACGUCAGGGUGAAGGCGAAUGGGGCACUGUCUGUGAUGACAGCUGGGAUGACAACGAUGCCGCUGUGGUCUGCAGAAUGCUCGGUUUCAGCGAUAGUGAAGCCACCGCAUUUAGUAGAGCUGCCUUUGGCCAAGGUACUGGUUCCAUUUACAUGGACGACGUAGCUUGUACUGGCAGUGAAAGUACUCUGGAAGAAUGUUCCUACAGAGGCUGGGAAUCGCACAACUGUGGACACUCGGAAGAUGCCGGUGUCAGUUGUGUAGCUGCAGGGCCUGUUGAAGUAAGAUUGGUGGGCGGUGAACGUGACGGUGAGGGAAGAGUUGAGGUCCUCCAUAACGGCGAAUGGGGCACUGUCUGUGAUGACAGCUGGGAUGUCAACGAUGCCCAGGUGGUCUGCAGAAUGCUUGGUUACGAUCCCGCUAAUGCAGUUGCAUUUAGUAAUGCCGAACAUGGUCAAGGAAGUGGUAGAAUCCACAUGGAUAACGUGAACUGCGAUGGAAGUGAAGCUUCUAUCGAAGACUGCGGUCACAACGGUUGGAGAUUACACAACUGUGGACAUCACGAAGAUGCCGGUGUCAGAUGCUACUUUGUUGAGCCAACAACCCCAGCGCCAAUCGCUGUCCGACUGGUCGGAGGCGCCAAUGAGGGUGAAGGUCGAGUUGAAGUACGUCAGGGUGCCGGCGAAUGGGGCACCGUCUGUGAUGACAGCUGGGAUGACAACGAUGCCGCUGUUGUCUGCAGAAUGCUUGGUUACGGCGACGGCGACGCCACUGCCUUCAGUAGAGCUACGUAUGGCCAAGGCACCGGUUCCAUUUACAUGGACGACGUGGCUUGUACUGGCAGUGAAGGUACUUUGGAAGAAUGCUCUCACAGAGGUUGGGAAUCACACAACUGUGCUCACUCGGAAGAUGCCGGUGUCAGUUGUGUAGCCGAGGAACCCGAGACAACACCGUCAACAACUCCUGGAGUACCUGUUUCAGUUCGACUUGUCGAUGGUCGUCACCAAGGAGAGGGACGCAUUGAGGUGCAGCGAGGAGGUAGUGGCUGGCACAGCGUUUGUGACGAUGGAUUCGGUGACGAAGAGGCAGCAGUUCUUUGCAGAGUUUUGGGAUAUGCCUAUUCCGGCGCUGUGGGACUUCAACGCUCCUAUUUUGGCAAAGGCAACGUGUCCGUCGCUCCAUAUAAAUUCUACUGCAAUGGCCUAGAGAAUUCACCCCUUGAAUGUGUUAGAGAAGUUCUGGAUGACGAAGCUGCUUGCGACCGCUAUCACACUGCAGGUGUGAAGUGUAUGGAAAAAUCUGGACCGUACGAAGUGCGCCUGGUUAAAGAUGGCGUUGAAAACAGUGAAGAGGGCCGCGUGGAGGUGAGGAACAGAGAGGACGGCAGUUGGGGAACUAUCUGUAGUGACGGCUUUGAUGACCGCAGCGCCGCAGUGGUCUGCAGGAUGCUCGGGGACAGCGGAGACACGGCCACCGCAUUGGUUGACGGUGAAGUCACUCCAGGCAGUGGCGCCAUCUUCCUUGAUGACGUAUCUUGCCGCGGAGACGAGCUUUCUUUGGAUCAGUGCUACAGCCGCCCAUGGACCGUUCACAACUGCCGCCACGAACAAGACGCCGGAGUGAGAUGUAUACCUUUCGAAGAUGACCCUUGUGAAGCCCUUGGCUGCGGUGAGCACGAGGAGUGUGUCUUGGGAGAUACUGGCGCCACCUGUGAGUGUGUCGAGGGAUACCAGAGAAACGACGGCACUUGCGAAGACGUCGACGAAUGUGCCAACAGCCCAUGUGACUUCAAUGCCGCCUGUGUGAACACAGUAGGAGGAUUUAACUGUACUUGUAACGACGGCUAUAGAGGAGAUGGGCUCAUCUGUGCACCGCUCCCGUGCACCAUCGAUGUUUGUUACAACAGGCGAUUGCAAGAGACCUGUGAAAACCUGGACAACGGCGCGCACCGAUGCGUCGUGGAGUUGACGUGCGCCACUAAGUGGACGCAGUCGUGCAAGAAGGCACUGUCAAAGGCUGAGUGCAGCGUUCGUUGCCCGGCUGGAUGUUCCUCUUCCAACGGGAAAGUUUUCACUGAUGGCCAAAACUAUGCAGCACCUUCUUCCGUGUGUCUGUCGGCUAUCCAUUCAGGCGUUGACCCUGCGGCUGAAGGUGGCUUGUUUACCAUUCGCCAUACCCGGGUAGAAGACGCCCACGAAUACCCCUCCACUACCAGUAAUGGAAUCAAGAGCAAGCUUAAACGUACCUACAGAGGAGAUGCUUUCGUCGUCGCCUAAAUCGCCCGAGGUACAGACGUAACGGACACGGCACCAAAUGUUUUACGAUUAAGUACAAAAGGACUUGCGCAAGGACACUUAAACAUUUCCGCGGGUUAGGACUUAGAUUUAUGCUCUGCAUUGGGUCCUUCGUGGUUUCUACCAGAAAUGUAGUCACUGGCUUUGUAAGUAAAUGUUUUCACUGGCGCCUAAGGACUAUAAUGGUUCUGGUAUAGUAGACAACUUUACAACGGUUCUUAGAGUCUUCAGCAUCGAUAACAUUUAAUAAUUUCAUUUAUGUUUAAUACUUUCUAAAAUGGAAGAUAUGGGAAAUGACUAUAAUAUAGCGGCACUUGCUGUGAUGCAUUGAAGCAAUCCACAUUUAACAGGAAUCCUUUAAUUCGGUUGUUAUUAUAUAUUAUCUAUUAUUGUAUUAUUAUAUAUUCUAAAUGGUGUUUACAACUUAUGAGGUGGUGUGUAAUUUAACGUCAUUUCCGUGUAACAGGGGUUUUUGACUUCAUGGAACUAUCUUUAAAUGUUGAGGCUAUUAAAUUUCACUUUUUGUCAGCUUAUGAAAUGUUACUUCGGCACUAAUAAACUUUGCUUG